GGGUCCUCCCUCGCUUGGUAAAACUGCAGUGUUCAGCGGUGCAGUACUGGACGAUAACUUCCCGUACUGGAUUUGACAGCGCGCACAGGAGGAGAGGUUUUACGCACGAGCUCCGUUUGCGAUCAUUACCGUUUGGAGGGAAGAAAAACUGCAAAGGAGGAAAGAACCUGUUCUCAUGGUGGGUGUUUCACCGGUCCAUCGAGGAGAUCGCGGUGCAGAGCUGGCUGACUGAAAGGCACCUCCACUCAGAAUGGAUUACGGUAGGACCAUGGCCCCUCCAGUGCCUCCUCAUAAACCCAAACCUACCCGGCCAGGACAGGCGCAGGAGCGGCUGCUGAAGUGCGUCCUGCUGGGCGAUGGAGCGGUGGGGAAAACCAGUCUGGUGGUCAGCUACACCACGAAUGGAUACCCGACGAAAUACGUCCCUACUGCAUUUGAUGACUUCACGGCUGUGGUUCAGGUGGAUGGGAGCCCAGUCAGACUACAGUUGUGUGACACUGCGGGACAGGACGAGUUCGACAAACUCCGCCACUUCUGCUACAGUCGGACAGACGCCCUGUUGCUCUGCUUCAGCGUGGUCAGCCCCGCUUCCUUUCAAAACGUCUGGGAGAAGUGGGUCCCCGAAAUCCGCCGCCGCUGCCCCCUCACGCCCAUCAUCCUCGUAGGGACGCAGUGCGACCUGCGGGAGGACGUCAAAGUGCUAAUCGAGUUGGCAAGAAGGAGGGAGAGGCCGGUGCCGGAGGAAGAUGCCAGGGCGCUAGCGGAAAAAAUUGGGGCUGUGACGUACGUUGAGUGCUCGGCACUGACACAAAAGAAUCUGAAGGAGGUGUUUGAUGUGGCCAUCUCUGUGGGACUGCGACAGUCUGAUAGGCGAGCGCGGCGGGAGAGGAAGGUCCGCAGCACAGCCGAUAAGAUGAAGAUGCUCUCCAAGGCCUGGUGGAAGAAAUAUGUGUGCGUCCAGUAGGGGGGAAGGAGAUAAUAUUUCUGUAACUGAUGUAAAACUGGAACUGCUGACGUAUUUGGGAGUGUUGAGUUGGAUGUAAGGACUCCUUGUUACUUUCACAUGGACGGCCUCAAAUGACCUACUGUGACUUUAAUUCGAUGGAGCAACAGUUCAGCAGGGGCACCUGGCUAAGCUAUAUGGCUGUUUGAGGAUUUGAUGGUUUUACUUUGACCAGAAAAGACCCUACGUUGAUGCCUAAGAGACAGUAUAAGGUUGUAACCACUGUCUGCUCUUCAGAGCCGGUAUGUAAAAUGUGACUGUGACCAUCAUGGAACCAAAACUUAUGGCACUAGGAAAGUGUUACGGCUCAUGGACUGCAUAUCAUACAGAACUUGUCCAAAGGAAUUCCAGCUGACUUGGGGGUCGUUAAGGUGAUGAUAUCGCAUAUUAAAAAUAUACUCUUUCUUUUUUAUGAUUUGGUUCAUUUCUUUAUCAAAGUAUAUUAUUUCAUUUGAUCUACACUGUAACUCGGAUUUCAAGGCUUGUAAUAGAUUUUUUCCCGAUUUUCUUUUCAAUUUUGUUUUAUUGAAUUCAAAGCGUGAACUGCUCCGCCUAAAAGCCCAAAUUAAACAUUGCAAGCCCUGCACUUUUUCCUAAAUGAGAGGCAUCUGUGAGUCAAAUAGCUUCUAAAAAUAGGCUCUGUAGUUUAUCAGAUUUAACUCAUCCUUUUAAAAAUUUACAAUCAAAUGUAUAUGAGUAUAAUUUUUUUUUAAUGGAAUGAUGAUGACAUCUCCAGGAUGUGUAUGACCGUUUUGAAUGGUGUGUGUUAUGCUACAGGCUGUUGUAGUUUUGUCACAGCUGUUAAUUGGCCAUUAAGCUCCUUUACCAAUAGAUUGAUUUUGCAAAAUAUUAAUGGCAAAGAUCAAAUACCGAUCAUCAUCCAACCAACACAAUCUGGAGAACACAUCUCUGCUGUACGUUUAUGGAAGAUUUAGCAAUAUCGGUUUUCACUUUGACUGAUUCCGAAAUGUUAAAGCCAGUUCGACUUCAUGAUAUUUUGUUACUGUUACAAUGUUGCAGCAAUACAUGGGUUAUACCACUGUACCUUGGUUGUAUUAUCCACAUUUCAAGCACAUCACUUAAGUCUGGCCAUGUAACGGUCUUUGGACCAGUGAAAGAGUGGAAAUCCUUCUUCAAAAGUAGGAUCCAAGCAGGUAAAGGCUCUUAGCUGCUCCGCUCACUGCUUUGGAUGAUCAAAGGGUCUUUCGUUGUCAGUCAGUAUAAAACCAAACUCUCUCCACUUUUGAGAUUAUGCAGUAAAUGAGGUGAAAUCGCCAAAGAGACUGAUUCUGUGUUUGCUUCUUAUUUUUCAGAAGCCUUUCAUUCAUCUGUCUAUUUAUCUGUUCUUUCUGGGCCAAUAACUGAUCAACAGCAAUACACAGCAGAUGUAUGAGAUCUCACACGCCAUUAUGUAUGUUACAUAGUGAUCAUUUGAUGUUUGUAAUGUCAUCAGGAUAAAUCUGCUUGUACAGAUACAGUAUAAGUGACUCGGUCUUUGUCUGUGCUGUCCCAACUCUAAAUGGGCUCCGUAUGAUUGUUUCAGUUUGUGUCUGAUUCUGCCAUGAGAGAAGAUCUUUGGGUUUUAUGAGUGGAACUAAAUAAAAUGUGAAAUAUUUAA